AGCUUCGCAACGGCCAAGUUCACCAAGCCAGCCCAACGAUACGAUACAUUCCACGGCACAAUCGACUGCCAAUCCAGCCCAGCACUCAAACCGGGUAGAGAGCGUCGAAUCUAGAACAUGGCGCCCCGGCUGCCAGCCCGCUGCUGGCGGCAGCUCCAGCAACCCUCCUCCUCCCUCCUCGUCCUCUCACAACGCACGCCAUCGACGUCGACCCUGCACCUCCUCCCGCGGACGACCAAGCGCGGCGUCAAGUACGGCUGGAGCACGCUCCCGCCGCGCCACAAGCCGCGGCGGUUCAACCAGGUGACGGCGGGACUACCGGUGCCGAUUACGGGCCCCGCGGCGGCGCUCCGGCGGCGCGAGAACACGACGCCCGUGCGGACGGGCGUGCUGGCGGUCAAGAAGGGCAUGACGGCGUUCAUGGGCCGCACGGGGACGCGGAUCCCCUGCACGGUGCUGCAGCUCGACCAGGUGCAGAUCGUGGCCAACAAGACGCGCCAGAGCAACGGCUACUGGGCCGUGCAGGUCGGGCUCGGGGCCCGGCGCGCCGUCAACGUCGGCGCGCCCAUGCUCGGCUACUACGAGGCCAAGGGCGUCGCACCCAAGAAGCACCUGGCCGAGUUCAUGGUCCGCGACGAGUCGGGCCUGCUUCCCGUCGGCGUCCAGCUGCAGCCCGAUUGGUUCCAUAUCGGCCAGUGGGUCGACGUCAGGUCCAACAGCCGCGGUAUGGGGUUCGCCGGUGGCAUGAAGAGGCACGGCUUCAAGGGCCAGGGCAAGUCGCACGGUAACUCGCUCAACCACCGCACCAUCGGCACCGUCGGCCCGUCCCAGGGAGGCGGCUCUAGGGUUCUGCCGGGGAAGAAGAUGCCCGGCCGGAUGGGCAACGAGAGGGUUACGGUUCAGAACCUCCCGGUGCUCCUAAUCGACAAUGAUCUGGGGAUCGUGGUGGUCAAGGGCUGCGUCGCGGGGCCGAAGAACUGCGUCGUCAAGAUCCAGGACGCCGUCAAGAAGCCGCCGCCGCCCAAGGAAUUCGUCGACAGCACGCGCCAAUUGCUCGACGAGCGGUUCCCCAAUGCGGAGGAGCAGUUGACGGCCGCGCGGAAACGGCACUUGGAGCUGAAGGAGGCGAGACGGCAAGGGAGGAUAGAUGAGAUGCUGGCUGUGGGAGUGGCAGAGGCGCCGGCGCAGACUGAGCUGGCGGCUUGAUGUCAUGUAAUAUACACACACUUGAUAUAGGUAUUGUACAUCUAGAUCCGGACCUUUUUCUUCU